CAGGUGCUAACCGGCAAUUGCAAAUAUGCUCAGCGCGAAAGUCCUGAUCUUCACCGUCGGUGUCCUCGCCGCUGUCGCGGAGGCGGCUGGUACCUGUCCGUCUAUCGAAAACAACGUCGACUACAGUGGCGCCGAUGUCGGCAGCGCUCGUAGCUCGUCAGCGAAUGGAUGUUGCUCCAUUUGCUCCAGCACGAAUGGCUGCGGUGCGUUCACUUGGACCAACUACAACGGCGGUACGUGCUGGUUGAAGCAGUCCAAGGGCACUGGAAAGGCCAGUAGCGGUUCCAUCUCGGCCGUUCUCCAGACGUCGUCCUCGUCUGGAACCUGCCCUCCUCUGGAAAACAACGUCGACUACAGCGGUGCUGACGUCGGCAGUGUCCCCAGCUCGUCGGCUAACGGAUGCUGCUCGAUCUGCUCCAAGACGAACGGCUGCGGUGCGUUCACCUGGACGAACUACAACGGCGGUACGUGUUGGCUGAAGCAGUCCAAGGGCACCGGAAAGGCCAGCAGUGGCUCCAUCUCCGGUGUGGUGCAGUCGUCGUCCUCCUCAUCGGCCACUUGUCCGUCUCUGGAGAACAACGUCGACUACAGCGGCGCUGACGUCGGCAGUGCUCGCAGCGCCAACGCUAACGGGUGCUGCAACAUCUGCUCCAACAACAACGCCUGUGGUGCGUUCACCUGGACCAACUACAACGGCGGCACUUGCUGGCUCAAGAGCUCCAAGGGCAGCGCCAAGUCGAGCCCCGGUUCCGUGUCGAGCAGCGUACAGAAGUCCACUCAGCCGUCGACUCCGACGUCGCCUUCGUCUGUCGACCCGGCCAACGCUCAGUACUCGCUGUCUGCCUUCGCUAUUGGUGACUGGGGUGCUACGACGUACAAGGGCUCGUGCUGCUCUCGCUCCAACACGUUCAACAACUACGAUAUCAACGCUGAAGAUGUUGUCGCGAGCUUGAUGAACACACAGGCCGGUAACUUCCCGGUGAAGCCGAAGCUGAUCAUCGGACACGGUGACAACUUCUACUGGACGGGUAUCAACAGUCUGGAGGGCCGCGACUCGCGCUUCGCCACGACGUUCGAGGGAAAAUUUAACGGCAACAACAUCAAGACGAUCCCAUGGGUGAACGUGUUGGGUAACCACGACUACGGUGGUGCCAGCUACGUGUGCAACCAAGGAGACAACAACGCCCGAUGCGCCAACACGGCUGCACUACUGCAGGGUCUGGACAACAAGUUCAAGUGGCAAUCGGAGUACACGAGUCCGAACGACAACCGCUGGAACCUGGACGACCACUUCUACGUGCGUCGUAUCGAGGACCCUGCUACGGGUGUGAGCAUCGACGUCUUCAAUGUGGACACGAACGACGCCGACAUCCACGGCGCCAUGCAGAUCUGUUGCCAGUGCUACGGCUACUCGAACAGUGACAGUGCUACGUGUCGUAACGUGGGCCGUGGCCACCAGUACUGCUGUGGCGGAGACAACUCCAUGUUCGACGCGUGUAUGGGCAAGUUUAACCAGUGGGGAGACGACUCGCGUGCGCAGAUCGCGCAAAAGGUCAAGCAGUCGACAGCCACGUGGAAGAUCGUCAACAGCCACUACAGUCCGUACAACCACUACGCCGAACACAACAUGAAGAAGUGGUUCGACGCACUGCGUAACUCUGGCGUGCACAUCUGGCUGAACGGUCACACUCACGGUGAGAAACACGACUACUCUUCGUCGCUGGGCAUUCACUUCAUUGAAAACGGCGCUGGCGGUGGUAUCCAGAAGGAGUCGGCAAGCGGCAUCCCGUCGUAUGCCGCCCCGUUCGUGCAGAACAAGUGGACGUACGGCAGCAACGAGUACGGCUUCAUGUCGCUUCAGGCCUCUAAGGCUUGGGUGAAGCUGCAGUACCACACGGCGGACAGGUCGUGGCAGUUCGGAGAGAACUUCCAGAGCACCAAGAUCGGUGGCGUCGAGACCAAACACUGCUGGUACAUCCCGUCGGACGGCGGAGAAGGCCGUAGAUGCUAAGUCUUCAGCUGCUUGCUGGUUUAGAUGUAUGGAUUACUUGGCGGGUUGGACACAUAACUACCGCUAGACAUCGAGUAGCUUUUUUUUUUUGCCUCAUCGUGUCCGAGGAUGCGUUGCUCUUGUUGACAGUUUGCCACACUCAACGAGACAUUUCGCCAGUUCG